AUGACCUGGCUAUCAAUGGAACCAAAGGUCGAAAUCACUGCUGCUCUCCUCAAUGACAAGGCAUCUGCCUUUCUUGAGAGGUUUGUGUGUGAAGAAUUCACUGACACCACCCUCCUAUUCAACAUUGAAAUCAAGCUUGCCAUUGCUGGCAUUGCCUUCAAAUUGGAGGAAUGGUUAGACCUGAUCAAGAUCAUCAUAUUGAAUCUGGGGGGCAUGGGGAUAAAUGCCAUCAAGGCUGCACAGGAGCUCAAACAAGCUAAGGUAGCCCCAGUAGUUCCCUUGUUGGAGGAUGCUGCCACAUGGCAGUUGGUUUUGUGUUGGGCAACUGAUGAUAGCCUUUCCUUUGGCAUAUUCUUGACAGAGAUGGAGAAGUUCAGCAACAGGUACCAGUUUGAUGAGUGGAAUUCCAUCUUUGACCAAGUAUUCGAAGCCUCUUGGGAGGGUACUGCUGUUGAGGUUGUUAGGGCAGCCAUGGCUGAGUGUGGCAUUGUCAAGCCCUCUAGCAAUGUCUCCCAUGUCAUCCUCUCCCCCCAAGCUCCUUCAUUGCAAACUUGUUUUGGAUCCCUUGCUAACCACUCAAUCAGGCAAAAGCUCAUGCAGAUCCCACCACUCUCUAUGCCCAGCAAAGUGUCCAAGAAUGAGCAUGAGGAUGAAGAGGAUGAAGAGGAAGACAAGGAAGACAAACUAGACAACAAAGUGGACUGCCAUCCAAGGGUGACCAAGAUAGCUCCAUUGGGCCUUUUCCACUGCUAUGGUGGCGAGGGGAGUGAAGAAAGGUCGAGGGCAAAGGUGCAUCAGCAGGGCCCAGUUCAUAAUGUCAAAGAUCAUAUGGAGGUGAAUACAAAUUUGACUCAGCCAAGAGUAUUCAAGGUCGUGCUGCCCUCUGCUCGUUCUGCAGGAUUUGUCCUCCAGCCCUUCAAGCUGGAGGGCCUGGAACGCAAGACCUUCCAUUUGCAUGUUGAAGGCAACUUGGUGUACAUUCUCAUUGUUCCUUGGAAUUUGCCCUACAUCUCUGGUGGUGAGAACUCUGCAGUCCACUGGGAGCUUUUUGACAUGGACCUGGCCUACAAACAUGGCCUGGAGGUGACCCUUACCCUGAGUCUGGAGGGGCAUACUGUCACCCAGCACUGGGUGGUAUUAGAGAAUGGGACUCAGCUCCCAUUAUAUGAUGUUUGCCUGGUCAUCACUGCAUGA